AUGAACAGUUACGAGAAAGAAAAGAAGUGUGCUAAAGGCGAAUGCAGUGACUGCGUUUCGAACCUGCAAAGGCGGAACAGUUACUUGUUGCGGGACGCUCUCUUCAAAGCGGAUUUUUUCACGCCAGACUCCUCAGCCACGUUGCGCUUUCUGGACCUCCUUUUCACAGCAGGUUUCUUGCUCGCCCUGACUUUCCUGUUCUUAGCUGGGGAUGACCGAGCAGUUGUGGACUUGCUGCGCCUAGACCUUCGCCUCUUGCCCUUCCCCGAAGUCACCUUCCUUGCCCUGGACUUCCUAGUCGCGGCGCUGGCACUUCUGGUCCUCGAGUGCGAUGACAGGCGGCUCCUGGUGCGCCUCGACUUUCUUCGCUUUGCCGGAUUCGCGGAAGACGACCUGGAGCGGCUUCUGGAGGCAGCAGCCCUGUUCCUCUUGCGUCCUCGGACUCGGGAGGAAGACGCCAUGGCGGCGCCCUCGCCUACCUCGCUGGUUGAUGCUGGUGCCAUGAGAAGGGAUUCAGUCCACCCGGCCUGGACGGGUCUCGCUUAUAAAACUAGGGACAGCCGAAGUGUCUGGACUGGCUGCUGGUUGCUAUCGGGCCGGAACCUCGCGAGCAGGCGACGUCGGGCGCCGACCGGGAACGCGGACUCCUCCUGGAUGUCGGCGAGGCACACCAAGGGCGUCGUAGCCUCCGCUUCGGGACUGCUGACCGGUUCGUGA